GCUGCCGCUUCAUGUGUUUUUGCCAGAAGAGCAGAAAUUCCCGAGUGUGGAGUCCACAGAGUUUAGUAACAGCAGUUCCCCUCCAGUAAGGAGCGCGUGUGUGUGAGACUUCAGCGGGGACUCAGGUGCCAUGAUGUGGGCUCGGUUGCUGGUUGGAGUCGGGGGUUCGGGGCUCGGGCUGCGGGCUUCCAGGGACUUCCAGGGUUUGCUGCGGGUCGCUGGAGCUGGAUGUGUGGGGAAGAGGCAGGCUUCAAGUGGAGAUGCUGCCUUGAAGAAGACCCCGCUGUUUGACUUCCACAGGGAGCAGGGGGGAAAGAUGGUGGAGUUUGCAGGCUGGAGUAUGCCUGUCCAGUACAAAGACAGUCACAUCGCCUCACACAUGCACACCAGAGAGCACUGCGCCAUCUUCGAUGUCAGUCACAUGCUGCAGAUCAAAGUCCACGGCAAAGACCGGGUGAAGUUCAUGGAGUCUCUGGUCGUUGCAGAUAUUGCAGAACUCCAAGACAACCAGGGUACGCUGUCCCUCUUCACCACGGAGAAAGGAGGGAUUAUCGAUGACCUCAUUGUGACAAAGACUGACCAGGGCUACCUCUACGUUGUCUCCAACGCUGGCUGCGCAGACAAGGACUCGGCUCAUAUGAAGGUCAGACUGGCAGAGUUCAAAGCUGCAGGUUUUGAUGUGGAUCUGGAAUUCCUUGAGGAAGCGCUGAUUGCUGUGCAAGGUCCAUCCAUGUCUCAGGUGCUACAGGAGGGGCUGAAAGAGGACCUCAGUAAGCUGACCUUCAUGACCUCCACCUUGGCCACUGUGUUUGGUAUUCCUGGCUGCAGGGUCACCCGCUGCGGAUACACAGGAGAGGACGGGGUGGAGAUCUCCGUCCCUCAGUCCAGAGUGGUGGAGCUGACGGAGAAGCUGCUGGCUAACGGUGAGGUGAAGCUGGCCGGACUGGGUGCCAGGGACAGUCUGCGGCUGGAGGCGGGGCUUUGUCUCUAUGGCAACGACAUUGAUGAGACCACCACGCCUGUGGAGGGCACCCUAGUCUGGACCAUAGGAAAGCGACGGCGUCAGACCAAGGAUUUCCCCGGCGCUGACAUCAUUGUUCCUCAGAUCAAAGCCAAGACAGCCAGGAAGAGAGUCGGUCUGGUGUCCACCGGCCCCCCCGUCAGACAACACACGCCCAUACUCGGCCCUGAUGGAAAAGUCAUAGGUGAGGUGACCAGCGGCUGCCCCUCUCCCUGCCUAAAAAAGAACGUUGCCAUGGGUUACGUGGAUUUGGCAUUCGCUAAGAACGGAACAGCUAUCCAGGUCGAGGUCAGGAAAAAAGCUGUGCCCGCUACCGUCAGCAAGAUGCCCUUCGUCCCCACCAACUACUAUUUUGGAUAGAAGGGAGACACACACACACACACACACACACACACACACACACACACACACACACACACACACACACACACACACACACACACACACACACACACACACACACACACACACUGGACCAUUCCCCCGCUCUGUCCCAUAUUCCCCAAUGAUGCCCCCUUCUGUUUACCUCGAGCAAAGCAAUACCAAUAUAAGACUGAAAGCCUUCAUUGGCGAGUCCUUUGAGAGAAAAUUAUUCAAAAUGAUAAACUUUUAUACAAGACAGUAUAGUAUGUGUGCUGGAAAUAAAUUACAAGCAGUAUUGUUGAGUCUGAGAAUGUAUGUAUGACAGUAUGGGCCUAGAUGCUCUGUUAACACGGUUCAUAGACUAAGUUGUGUUUUUUCUUUUUCUAAUUUAGAAGUGGACCGCAGGUUAAACUGAAUCCACUUACUGCACAUUCAGUAAGAAGAGAAACAGUGAGGCUGCGUGGAACCGUUAAACACAAGGAUUGAAUUCACUUUCUGUUGUAGAAUAUAGGUUUUGCAAACAAAACGUGACAUUUUUUACUUUCUCACUGCCGGACCAAAACAAAGAGAAUCCAAAUGGUUCUUUUAAUAUUAAAUCAAUACUUGUCUGCAUUACUUUUUUUUUCAGCUGUUUUAAAGACCACAGAGCCACAUUUCUAUGCAUAUUAUCGUUAGUUGUUAACAGCUUGAUCAAGGGAGGUUCAAACAUGGCCAGCUAAUGACCCUUCCAAUACAAAACCCCCAUCUGAAAUGUGCUAAUUAACACAAAAACAUUGGAGGGAUUUUGAGGGAGUUCUCGACAGAUAAGACCAGACUGUUUAUAAUGUGAUGUGAAGAUAAUUGUACACUACAUGUGUUGCAAUGAUAAACUAACUUGAAAAGAUGUUAAUUGUCAUUAUGUGUCUGGCAACUAAUGAAAUGUAAUUUCAUUGUCUUUGCACUUUCUGUGGAAUUCUGAAUGUACUAUUUUGUUUAAAAAUAAUAACAUACUUAAUAUAGAAAUGAAACUACUGAUUUAUAGCUUGACAGUUUUUGUCAGCUCUGUCUUAAAUGUGAACUUUUUGCGUCAUUGUGAAUUUUAAUAUUUAACUAAUUUCUUUAUGUAAACAUUUUGAAUAGCAUUGUUUAUUUGAUCAGAAAAGAUAUUCUCUUUAUUAAAGACAAUUUCAUUUU